GAAUGUUAAUUCUGAAUUAAUUCUUUUCGGAACGACACACAACACUUGAAUUUCCCAGCAAGGAUUCAACCAUAGAUUAAAAACGAUUUUGAGUAUUGAAAACAUCAUAGAUUUCGUGUUUUUGCAAUUGUAAAAUAUUGCUUCUGCUCAUGUAUAAAAUUUAAAUAUAAAAAGCAUUCGAAAACUAAGGGAAUAAUGGAAGGCGCAGAAACAAUAAAUGAAAUAGACAUACAGAAUACAACGGCAGCAGCAGACGACGAUGUGUCGCUAAAACCCCCCAUGGUCAAAAGGGAAAGAAAAGUCUCACCAAGCCUCAAUUCAAAUGAUUUUUUCCCCGAUCCCAUGUCUCCGUCUUCGUCAUCGUCGACCAGUAAAGAUGAAACUUUCGAGCCCACAAUAGAAAUGAUGGUGAACGAUUUCGACGACGAACAAACUCUAAAUGAAGAGGAAGCUUUAGGCGCUUUGGAGGAUGUAGAGGAAGAAAUCAAUACUUUGAAGGAGGAGAGUGAAAUUCCUUUGGAAGAGCUGUUAGCUAAGUAUCAGGCGUUGCCACCGAUGGAGUUUGAAGAACCGCUUCGGAAAAAAGCCAAGAAAUCAAGUAAGAAGAAACACAAGACAAAAUCAAAAGUCCAAGCCACUGCAACAGCAGAAGAAACUUGUGAUCCAGAUAAAGAAAGGAUUCGGAUUGAGGAAGAAGUUGCUACAAAAUCAAAUGCGGCUCUUGCCAACAACACUGAGGACUACACAUUCAACAGCGAGAGUAAUGACGAAAAAAAUUCCAUAGAGCAGGAAAAAAUACAGGAAGAGGAAGAAGAUGAAACGGUGGAUGAUGAUGAAUGUAAAAAGACCAAUGAAACUGAUAUACCCGAUAUGCCCACAGUGAGAAGAACCCAUUUAUUGGAUUUGUAUCCUGCGGGUACAUUUGGUGAAAUAAUCGACGCAGACAAAGACAUUCCCUUAGAGACACUUUACGGCGUUGAAGAUGAAGAGGAGGAGGAAGGCGUUGACGAAGAGGAAGAUGAGGAAUAUAAGAAGAAAGUAAUGAUAGGACCUUCGUAUCAGGCAUUUAUUCCUGGACUCUCCCAAUAUGGUGAUAUUUUGCCAUAUGAAAACGAGGACUUGCUAAUAUGGGAACCAAGUCAGGUUACGGAACGUGAAGUAGAGGCCUAUUUACUUAAAAUAAGAGACAUCAAUAGAAACCAAGGGACAGAUGAUGAAAAUCCUGAUUCCUUUGAGGCCCAAAAUGCCGCAACAAGUAAAGAAAACGGGGAAGCACUGGAGUCAAAUCAAGAUAAUAUAGAGAACAAUUCUCUAAUGGCAAACGGCGAAAAGAAAUCAAGUCCUCAAACCAGUUCUUCAGCGGAAGACGUACCAGCCGUAGUUAAAGACAAUGAACAGGCCUUGCAUUUACUGGUCCAAUGUGGUUACGACUUUAAGGAAGCCCUAAGGCGUAAACGUUUAAACGCUUUACCCAUGAACGACAGUAUGAGUCUUUGGUCCGAAGAGGAGUGUCAAAAAUUUGAAGAGGGUAUACAAAAGUACGGCAAAGAUUUUCUAAAGAUUCGUCAGAAUCAGGUGCGAACGAGAACCAUGCGUGAGUUGGUACAGUUCUACUACUUGUGGAAGAAAAGCGAACGUAGGGACCAUAAUUUUGCAAACACCGAUACUGUAGAUCAUAUGGAUAUAUAUUUAAAUGAAGAUAACGAGUAUGGUUCCAAUCCAGCAUCCACAACAACCCCCGUUGGUUCACCGGUAAAUAAUGUGAAUUCCGCAACAGGCACACGCCGAAAUUCACAGAAAAAUGUUUCAAUAAUGUCGUCCAACACCACGACUUGUACGACGACAUCGGCAGCUGGGACAAACAUCAAUGCCGCUUCUGCCACAAAUCUAGACAAGUCGUCGUCACACAAAAGGCGCUCGAGUAAUAACGUAAAUAUGGAGCCCAGCCCUGCGGAUAAAACCCCAACCGCAAUAGUCCUAUCAACUUCGCCUGCGGGUCUGACAAAAUGAUGACAAUCUAAGACAAAAUUUAGACGUCCCCAAAAACGCUUAACCACUACACGUUUACGCAAUCAACAGCAACAGAAUCAACGUCUUCAGCGAAGACUCAAACGGGUCGUAGUGGUGCAGAGAUGUUUUCGCAAUAAGAAGAAAUGUCGCAGUAAUAAGUCUAGUAUAGCAACAAUUUGAAUAUUCCCAGGCGAGAAAUCGCUCAAAUAUGAAAAGAAAUAUUUCAUGUGCGUUAUAACAAUCUUUAUUUUGUUAUUUGUACAGUUUGUAAUGGAUGUGUAAAAGUGAAAUUGAUUUUCAUUUUAUUUUUUCAAAUAAUCGUUUUGUAAUUAUUAUACAUACUUUUGUGUAUCGGUACACAUGAAAUAAUAAGUUUAUUUGAAGAGUGUUGUAAAAUAAUGACAAUGUCACAGAAGCUGUGUUUUGACUUUUUUAUGAAACAUACAUUUGUUUUCUUUUUGUGGCAAGCUUCGAUGAAUGAAUUUAUUUUUUUGCAGUAGUAGUACAGAGUUUUUUUGAAUAAAGCGAUAGAAAAAAUGUGUUUAAAAA